ACACAGGUGCGGUGCUGAGAGCAGUUCUACGGCACGGAGCACCGUGUUUUCCCGAGUUGAAUCUGCUGUGACCUCUAGAAAAAGCUAAGUUUCAAGCGCAAAAAAAAGCGUCAGUUUUCAUAGAUUGUGCAUCUCUGCGUAUUGAGGAUCAGUAGAAGCCUUCGAAAAUGCCGCACAUUGAUAAUGAUAUCAAACUGGACUUCAAGGACGUUCUAGUGAGGCCCAAGAGAAGCACUCUGAGAAGCCGAUCUGAUGUGGACCUCACAAGAUCCUUCAUCUUCCGCAACUCCAAGCAGACUUACACAGGCAUCCCUGUCAUUGCUGCUAACAUGGACACAGUGGGGACGUUUGAAAUGGCCAAACAGCUGGCUAAGCACCUGAUGUUCACUACCAUCCACAAGCAUUACUCUGUGGAUGAUUGGAAGGAGUUUGCCAAAGAAAAUAAGUCAACACUGGAGCACGUGGCUGCAAGUUCCGGUAUAUCAAGCGGUGACCUAGAAAAGCUCAGUGCCAUUUUGGAAGCUGUGCCUGAGAUCAAGUACAUCUGUGUCGACGUCGCCAACGGUUACUCCGAGCAUUUUGUCCAGUUUGUGCGGGAUGUACGCAAGAAGUACCCGUCUCAUACCAUCAUGGCGGGGAAUGUAGUGACAGGGGAGAUGGUGGAGGAACUUCUGCUGUCCGGCGCUGACAUCAUCAAAGUGGGCAUUGGGCCCGGCUCUGUGUGCACGACCCGCAAGAAGACAGGCGUGGGAUACCCUCAGCUCAGCGCCGUCAUAGAGUGUGCCGACGCAGCGCACGGGCUAGAUGGUCACAUCAUUUCUGAUGGCGGCUGUACGUGCCCCGGAGACGUGGCCAAAGCUUUCGGGGCCGGCGCUGACUACGUCAUGCUAGGGGGGAUGUUGGCGGGGCACUCCGAGUCCGGCGGGGAGACCAUCGAGAAGAACGGCAAGAAGUUCAAGAUUUUUUACGGGAUGAGCUCAGCGACUGCCAUGAAGAAACAUGCUGGAGGAGUUGCGGAAUACAGAGCUUCUGAGGGCAAAACUGUGACAAUUCCGUACCGCGGUGACGUGGAGCACACGAUUCAGGACAUCCUGGGCGGAGUGCGGUCCACGUGUACGUACGUCGGGGCGUCCAAGCUGAAGGAGCUGAGCCGGAGGACAACCUUCAUCCGGGUCACGCAGCAGCUGAACGAAGUCUUCACCCCAAACACCACCGAACAUUAGAGCCACGCUCGACCGUCGAGUCAGGAGAGAGAUGCUCGACCAUCCAGAGGUUCUGUUUGAUGAAGUGGCGACAAGACGUGAGAUACUUGAAACUUUUCCUCCCCUGUGUGCUCAGAUAGAAAUGUAAGAACAUUGGUUGAAGUAUGUUCACGACUACAAACUUGGUAGCUGCGAUCCUGUGCGAAACAUUUUUUAGUUUGUUGGAAAAGUAUUUUGGUUAUGAAAAACCCUCUUUUUACCCUGAAUUUGAGGAUACAAUAAAUUUUAAGAAUCUCUUUUGUGCACCCGUUGAAAAACAAGAGUGGCUUUUAACGAGUGCUGUUAGCCGUUAGCAAAAUAUGUAUGUGUGCUCCUUUGUCAAGGUCAAGUGAGUGGCACAGACUUCAGUACAUGUGUGUCACUGUUUGCUCGCAGUUGCUUUGAGAGUGCAGUUGUUACUGUCGAUGUGUGUCGUUUUCCCAAAAGAAA